AUGUUCCCCGGUCAAGGUAGACACACAUAUGGCGGCCAACAGCAGCUGCUGCAGCUGCAACAAUACAACUAUGGACCACCACAAGGGCCACCUCCAAAUGGAUACGGUCCUCCUCCAGGUCCACCUCCAAAUGGAUACGGUCCUCCUCCAGGUCCACCACCCCAGAACUCUUGGGGAUAUGGUAAUCCAAGUGGAACACAAUCAUCGAAUCAACAACGCUAUCAAGGUCAACAAAGUGGGCAGCAAAACUACAAUGGAGGAUACCAACGCCCUAGUCAGCCUCCUCCACAACAGUCAGGAAACCAAAGAGGACAACCGGGUCAGAAUGGAGAGCCAGAUUACGGUCACCAAUAUGGAUCAGGGCAAUACUCGCGACCACCUACUAAUCAGCAAUCUUUUGGUGUAGAGAACUACAAUUAUCAAUAUUCUGCGUGUAAUGGACGCAAAAAGGCUUUAUUGGUGGGUAUCAAUUAUAUCGGUACAGCCAAUGAGUUGAGAGGACCAAUCAAUGAUGUCAACAACGUUGAACAGUUUUUACUUACCCACGGAUUCAAAAGCGACGAUAUAGUCAAGUUGACAGACGAUCAAAGGGUUCAGAGAGCAAUCCCCACACGUCAAAAUAUUUUAGAUGCCAUCCAGUGGCUUGUCAAGGAUGCUCGCCCCAACGAUUCCUUGUUUUUCCAUUACUCGGGUCAUGGUGGCCAAACCGAAGACCAGCCUGAUCAAUAUGGCAAUUACGAUGAAGAUGACGGGUAUGACGAAGUGAUUUACCCAUUGGAUUUCCAAACCAAUGGUUUCAUUGUAGACGACUUGUUGCAUGACAUGAUGGUAAAGACUUUGCCACCAGGUUGCAGAAUGACAGCAUUAUUUGACUCUUGUCAUUCAGGUUCAGUGUUGGACUUGCCAUAUAUGUACUCGACAAAAGGUGUGUUGAAAGAACCAAAUGUGAUGAAAGAAGCCGGUCAAGGAUUAUUACAAGCUGCAAUGUCGUACGCCACUGGUAAUAGUGCCGGUAUCUUUAAAGGCUUGAGCUCGUCCGUGAAGUCAUUUAUGAACCAAGGAAGAUCAUCACAAGCGAAUGAGUAUAGUAAACAGACCAAGACUGCGGCUUGUGAUGCCAUCUCGUUAAGUGGUUGUAAAGAUGACCAAACAAGUGCAGACUCCAGUAUUGGCGGACAAGCAACCGGUGCCAUGAGUUAUGCAUUCCUCACGGUCAUGAACCAAAACCCCAAUCAAUCGUAUUUGAGUUUAUUGCAAAACAUGAGGACUAUUUUGCAAUCCAAGUAUAGUCAGAAGCCGCAAUUGACUGCUUCGCAUCCUAUUGAUUGCAACUUGCAAUUUAUUUUUUAG